AACACUUCUAAUCAUGAUUAGCAUUCUUUUCAUUGCCAAUAGGCUUUUAAGCACUAUGGCCAAACAGGGACCCAGACCAGUUGUUGUUUGUGGACCUUCGGGUUCCGGCAAGAGUACCCUCUUGAAUAGAUUAUUCAAAGAGUUUCCCAACACGUUUGGCUUCAGUGUUUCACACACCACACGCAAACCCCGUCCCGGCGAAGAAGAUGGCGUCCAUUAUAAUUUCGUCGAACGAGACGUUAUGGAGAAAGCCAUUGCCAAUGGCGAAUUCAUAGAAUCGGCCACAUUUAGUGGUAAUAUGUAUGGCACCAGUAAGGAAGCCGUACGUAAGGUACAAAGUGCCGGUAAAGUUUGUAUUCUAGACAUUGAACCACAGGGUGUGGAACAGGUGAAAAAGACCGAUCUCAAUCCCAUUCUAAUAUUCAAUAAUCCACCAUCGAUAGAGGCAUUGGAAGAACGUCUGCGUAAACGUAAUACGGAAACCGAAGAGACGCUGAAGAAGCGUUUAGAUGCUGCUGCCAGCGAAAUUGCCUAUGGCCUGACACCUGGUAAUUUCCAUAAGAUUAUUAAUAAUGUUGAUAUUGACGAGGCCUAUGAGCAAUUCCGUGAGUAUAUUGUGGCUGAGUUGAAGGCUCAGGAGGCUGCUGGUAUACAAAUCUGUUGGUAA